AAAGUAAUUCACUCCACUUCCAGUCUUCGUAUUUGUUAAAAAACUAUCAGCGUAUUUAUUUAUUUAUUUAUUUAUUAUUAUCUUGCACAGAGAGAGCGAGAGAGGGACACAUCUCUCCUGUGAAUGUGAAAGCGCCUCUUCUCCUUUCUCUAUUUCUUGCCUCUGGUUGCUACUCUAGGCUGAGUCCCACCCCCUCCUGUUACAUUCCAUCUCUGUGCGUGGCUUGUGUUUAUCAUUUUCUUCCCCGGUAACUGCUAAACCUGCAGCAUCAGCAUUACCAUUUCUCGCAUAAAUAAACACUAUUCCUUAAUUAGUCUCUUUCUUAAUUAAUUUCAUUUCAUUAUCGGUGUUAGUCUUCUACUUAACUACCCCUACUACUAGUGUGCGGUGGACAUUCUGCAACUUUCUCCUCCGCCAUAACUCAGUGCUCUGUUGAUUAGUAAGUGAUUUUUAAUUUUUAAUUUUAAGUGCGGAGAAAGAAGCAUAGACAAAGACAGGCAGACCAAAAAACAAAAAGGAGGCGAGGCGAGGCGGUAGCUUUCAACUACUCCAACACAAUGUUGAAGACGAUGAUGAUGAUUUAAACAACUUGCUGUACGUGUAAAGAGAAACAAGUGCUGCGGCAUUUGCUCGAUUAUUAGGGUUUUCUAUUCACCCUUCCAUUUUUCUCUUCUUAAUUCUCAAUGCAAUGACUACUAAACGCGCCUACAAGCUCCAGGAAUUUGUGGCUCAUUCUUCGAGUGUCAAUUGCCUCAAGAUUGGCAGGAAAUCAUCCAGGGUUCUUGUGACUGGAGGAGAAGAUCACAAGGUUAAUCUCUGGGCUAUUGGUAAGCCCAAUGCUAUACUGAGUUUGUCCGGACACACAAGCGGGAUUGAUUCAGUAAGCUUUGAUUCUUCAGAAGUCCUAGUAGCUGCUGGAGCUGCAAGCGGUACGGUCAAGCUUUGGGAUUUAGAGGAGGCAAAAAUUGUUCGCACACUCACUGGUCACAGAUCCAAUUGCAUAUCUGUUGACUUUCACCCUUUUGGAGAGUUCUUUGCAUCUGGUUCCCUGGACACAAAUCUUAAGAUAUGGGAUAUUAGAAAGAAGGGCUGUAUUCACACAUACAAGGGCCACAGUCGAGGGGUCAAUGCAAUCAGAUUUACCCCAGAUGGUCGCUGGGUUGUAUCCGGUGGAGAGGACAAUACUGUAAAGCUGUGGGAUUUGACUGCUGGAAAGCUAUUGCACGAUUUCAAGUGCCAUGAGGGUCAGAUUCAGUGCAUAGAUUUUCAUCCCCACGAGUUUCUUCUUGCUACAGGUUCUGCUGACAGGACAGUAAAAUUUUGGGACCUUGAAACCUUUGAGUUAAUAGGUUCUGCUGGGCCAGAGACAACUGGAGUGCGUUGUUUGACCUUUAAUUCUGAUGGGAGGACUCUACUCUGUGGAUUGCAUGAAAGUUUAAAAGUUUUCUCCUGGGAACCAAUAGGAUGCCCUGAUUCUGUGGAUGUGGGAUGGUCCAAGUUGUCAGAUCUCAAUGUUCAUGAAGGAAAGCUUCUUGGCUGCUCAUACAAUCAGAGUUGUGUAGGGGUGUGGGUUGUAGAUUUAGUAAAGGAAACAAAAUCUCUUGAAAGGUUGUCAGAUUUUCAAAAUUCAGAUCAUGGGAAGGAGUUUUCUAAAGAAUCAAAGGUUUUGCCGAUGACAGGAAGUGCACCUGGUACUCCACAAAGAGCAAGCUUAAACACUGGGUUGAAGGCAACCAUUACCGGUCCAAUAACAGUUCCCAGCACAGCAGCCCCAAAGAGGAGUUCUAUGAGGGUCCAUUCAGCUGUUAAUGUUCCAGUCUUGAACAAGGCAGAUGUAAUUCCUGUAAUUGUCCCCAGAACCAACUCAAGAUCAGAGCAAGUAGCUGGCUCCAGAAAAGAAAUUGAUAUUGCAGCAAGGACAAUGCCAUUUUCUUUGCAUUUGAAGACAACUGAUUUCCGGAAAUUUUCAAAUAGCAGAGAGGACAUGGACCAGCCAACUACCUCUAUCCAGCCUGCUGAGACCACAGGUUGCAAGGCAACAGAACUGAUCAGUGUCACUGAUAGGAAUAUUUCUCCUGCAGUUAAAGGUUCGAUUCAUGGACUAACAACUGCUGAACAAUCUUUUGGAUCUGGAAACUAUAAAUCAGAUUCAACAUUGGAGCCACCCACUAGUUAUCAGAAAGAAAUCUGUGAGACUCGAGGACAUAAAAUAAACAGAGAUGCACCCUCCAUUGAAAGCCAGAAAGGAGGAAGAAUGCGUUCACUUAUGAUAAACUGGGAGAAAAGGGGAAGCUCUCCUAGCUAUGAGGGACCUACUUCUAUCAUUUCUGCUGGGACAUCAUCUGUGGUGAAUGUGCUCCCUCUUAAUAUGUUGAAGUUUAAACAGAGAGGACGUGCCCCAUCCAUCGAAAAGGAAAUGGUUUUUGCUAGUGACGAUGAUGUUAUUGCAGACUUAAUGGAACAGCAUGAUCAAUUUGUCAGCUCUAUGCAGUCUCGUUCUGCCAAGUUACAGGUUGUCUAUAGAUAUUGGGAGAGAAAUGAUGUAAAGGGGGCCAUUGGUGCAAUGGAGAAGAUGGCUGACCACGCUGUCCUUGCUGAUGUAAUCAGUAUUGUGGCAGAUAAAAUUGACACUGUCACAUUGGAUAUAUGCACAUGUCUCCUGCCUCUUCUUACUAACCUGCUUGGAAGUGACAUGGAUAGGCACUCAAGCAUUUCACUGGACAUGCUGCUGAAGCUGGUCAGGACAUUUGGUUCAAUGAUCUAUUCGACUCUAUCAGCAUCAACACCUGUUGGUGUGGAUAUUGAAGCAGAGCAAAGGUUGGAACGUUGCAAUAUCUGCUUUGUAGAGCUUGAGAAAGUCAAGCGUUGCCUGCUUACCCUUACAAGGAAAGGUGGUUCAGUUGCGAAGUACGCCCAGGAGCUAAAUCUAGCUCUUCAAGAAGUAUCAUGACCAAACACCGUUUCUUGUGAGGGCAGACUGUGAAUGUUGUUUUUAACCUACAUGGUUUGGAUUAUGAUUUCUUUAUGGGAGGAGCAGAGUGUGCAUUUGUAGGAGUUAAAACUGCUUGCCAUACAUCGGCUAAUACUCCAAGUUUUCUGCCUUGGUUGGCCCCAGACCUCCAUGUACCGCUGAUUCCAUCUUAUUUACUACUGAAACUUGAAAGCUAACAUAGGUGUAUCUCCAUCUGCCAUCGGCUGCUGCAGUCCUGACAAUCUUCAAUGUGGAAAAGGAUUUACCCACUCAACAUGUAGGAAACAGAUUGUAACCUUGGCACUGUAUCAAUUCAUUCUUUUUUGAAUACCUAUCGAAAGAGGAAAUAGAGCAAACUGGUUUUAAGCGUGUA